AAUGGAGGGCGAAAACCUAUUCAAUCCAGAAGGCUUGGAAUUCAAGAAGAAGAAGAAGAAGAACAAGUGGUCAAUGGUUGCCAUCAGAGACUCCAAUUCCUCCUCCAUUUUCCCUCCAAUUAAUCACGAAAACCUCCACCUCCCAACCUCCCCCUCACUCUCCUCUUCUUCCUCCUCCUCGCUCUCCUCCUUUUCGCCCUCUGAUUCCGACGAGUCCGGCCCGGUCCCGCCCAAGAAGAACCCCGAUGCCCGCGUCAGCAAAUGCGGCGAAUCGAGGAGCUGGGCGGGUUUCGGGUUUGGGCUUCUGCGUGCUAGGGUUUUGGGGAUUGCGUGGGGUAAAGCUUGGAGCUUUGGUUGUGGGGUGAGCGUUGUGGCGGCGAUGUUUGUGGUGUGCUCGUUUUACUUGCGAGCGAGGCAGAGGCGGUAUCGGAGGCGCUGCGAUUUGGUUAUCAAAGAGAGAGAUGAGAAAAUUAAUAAGCUGCUGCACCAAAUCGCGCAAAUGAAUGAAGUACUGGUAGCUCGGCAUAGAGUUCUGGCUUCCAAGCUGGCUGAUUGACUGAAGACAAUGUAGUGCUUUUUUGAAUUAGGGAGGAUCAGUUCAAUAGUGGAGGUGAAAGGAAGUUGCAGACUCUUGUAUAGAUGCCUGUGGAUUGGUCAGAACAGAACUGGCUGUAAUGGGAUUCCGAUUUCUGCAAUUGGCUCUGUGGAUUGCAAUAUCGAGUUGAAGGAGUAAAUAGGGAACCGCAAGCACCAGUGUGAAAUCUCUAAACAAUUGGAUGGACAAAAGGGGAUGCAAGAAAUUGCUGAAGCAGAAGGUCUGGCGCUCAAGCUUCCGAGUUUGGUACAUGAAUGGAGAGACGUGCAAUGAUGUUCAUGAUAUAUGUCAGUCACAGUCUUAGUGGUUUGCUUGUAUAUUAGUAGUUUUAGUACAUGGUUCCAUGUCCUGUUGAUUCUUUAGCAUUGAUUAAACUAUAGUUUAAUAAAGUCUAAGCUAUGGAUAGAGCUAUAUGGUGCAGAAAUUUGUUUAUUGUUUUCAGUGAUAUUCUGGGUUA